UCAGUGUCUAGUGCACGUUCUCAGAGCUCGUCAGUUAUGUUUUCGAUACUCACCUUUCUUGUUGUGCAAUCACCACGUGGAACGAGCCCCUCAUUACAAUGAUUAACAAAAAUUUCGCCACUUUCUGCUAAUCUACUGAAACAGUUCGCGAAUAAUUUUCCCAGUGUCUCUGUGGUGUUUAUGUGUAUGUGUGUGUGACAAGUGAAAUAGUAAUCGAAUUUAGGAAAAAGUGCGCGAAAUUUAUACUUACACAAAGUAAACAUUCGUUUGCUAUUCAAAACUAAACAUGCAAGCUGCGAAAACGACAAUAAAAAAUGAUCGAUGAAAAAAAAUUUCAAAAACUUAACACGCAUCAGACAGUAACAAGUGAGCAUUAAAAAUGGUGAUUACCAGUGCGACAGGAAAUCAACAUUUCGCCGAGACAGGAUCGAAAUUACGACGAUCCAGAAGAUUGUCCUCAACAAGGGGAUUAGCUCCAAGAAAAGUUAAGAAUUCCAUUCCAGAUACUCGAAUAAAACCCGAUCUCAAUCAGAAAUUGGGAUUGUGUCCAAUAGUCAGUAAAAAUGUGAAUGAUGAAGAUAAAAUGAAGCAAGUACAUGAUAUGAAUUGGGAUCUCAAUGAAAGGAUAAGUCUCAGUAGUGGUUCGACUACCGCCAUUGAUGUCCAUCCUAAUCACGACCAACUCAAUGACGAUAGAGGAAAAACGAAUCCCCCAACAAAAUGCAGAACCAAAUCCGCGAUUCAAUCAAAAGAUCUCGAUUUGAUGAACGUGUCCGGAUUUCCCGACGAAAAGAAAAAUUACAAGUCAACAAUCGAUUCGAAAAUCGUCAACAAAAGUCAGAGAGCAACCUUUGAUGAUGAUAAUAAUUUGCCAAAGAGAGAAAAAAACAAAGAGGUCAUCAGCACUGCACAAAGAAGGUGGAUCGCUGCCAAACAAAAAGUCGACAGGACCAAUGAAUCAAUAUCAAAACGACUUGAACUCAUUCACGAAUUGAAUCAAAAGAUAUUCUCCAAUUGCGAGAAGUUCCAUCGAAAGAAUAAAAAAUCCGAAUUCAAGGAGAAUUUGGAAAAGGACAAAAAAUUCGACGACAAUCUCAGAAAUUUUCAAAUGUACUCAAAAGUGAUGCCAAAAAAAGUGAAUCAAGAAAGAAACGCUUUGUUUAAGCAGAAAGUCGACAUUAAUAAAUUCACCUUCUCGAAAGAUUACUGCGAGAGAUUGUUGUCAAGUCAAAAAACAGAGGAUCCGAAAAAAUCCGAAUCGAGUGAUAAUUUCAGUUUGGCCAUAAGACCCGAAUUCGUCAAACAUCAAAUAGAACUUAAUAAUUUUGACAAUAAACUCAAACCGAUCGAUGAAACAUCGAUUAUCGAAAAUGGGUCAGACGUAUCGCGUUCCGUAUUUUAUGUCGCGAACGAUUACCGCAACAGUCGAGUCAAAGAGGAAGUCAUUAGAUCAGAGGAUCGUCUUCAAAGUUCCCGUUUAUAUCCGGAGUCAGACUCCAACUUCCAAAGAGGCAGCAGCACUUAUCGGAGUAGAUUUAAUAUCCCAAAUGGAUCACCCACUCGGGAGCUGGCACAAGAAGCGUACAAUCAUUCAAUGUCCACCAAACAAUUGCAAGAGUCGUUUCAAAAAUCGUAUACGGAAUCGAUUCAGAAAUCGUUUCCGGAACCAUUUCCAGAAUUUAAUAGAAAUGGUAGCAGAGAAGCAAACAGAAGUAGCAGUAGAGAAUCAAACAGAAACACCAGCAAAGAACCAAACAGAAACAGCAGCAAAGAAUCAAAUAGAAGCAUCAAAGAAACAAAUGUAAACAGCAGCAAAGAAGCAAACAGAAACAGCAGCCAAGAAGCAAACAGAAAUAGCAGUCACGAAACAAACAGAAGUAGCAGCAGAGAAUUAAACAGAAACACCAGCAAAGAACCAAACAGAAAUAGCAGCAAAGAAGCAAACAGUAAUAUCAUCAAAGAAUCAAAAAGAAACUGCAGCAGAGAACCAAACAAAAAAUCGAAAGACACAAUCAAUAUGACGAAAAUAUCGAGUAAGGAAAAAAUCCUUGAGGAUGAAAUUCUAAAGAAUUUGAACGACACUAUCGGCAGUUUUGACACUGAGAAAAAUAAUGAUACAGCAAGUUUAGAUUCAAUGGGGAAAAGUGAAAGUUUUAGCACCGAUUCGAUACAAAGUUUAAGUCCGAUAACGAGUUCGCAAAGUGCUGUAAAUACAACGCUUCAAGAAACGUUUAAUUCUUCCUGGGAUUCGGGAGUUAGUGUUGAAGUUGGAUCUGGCAGUGGAUGGGUCCGAGUACAUACAGGAAUUGAAAGCAGUUUAGUUUAUCUCACUCUGGAAACAACCUGUAAAGAUGUUUGCCGAGAUAUGCUACUCGGUGACGAGUUGUCACUUUUCGUUCAGUAUGGAGGAGAGCCGGGAAGAAGAUUAUCGCCUCAAGAGAAACCACUCGAUCUUCAAGAUGCCUUCUUACAAAGGCUUGGCUAUGAAGAAUCAUCGAGAAGAGCUCGUCUCGGUGUAGAUCCCGAACUUCGUCAUCUAAUCUCCUUUCAUGUCGGCCCUGCUGCACCAUUAAGCGAUCUAACCGGAUAUAGUCAUUGUGGUUACGUUCUGGUCUUAAAGGGUUUAGUUUUUCCACAAUGGAAAAGAAGAGUCCUCGCUGUCAUUGGUUCCAGACUAUUUCUCUAUCCUGCAUGUCAGAAUUCUCAGCCAGAAUGGAUUGAGUUGGGUGACAAUGGUGGUGCAGUUUGUUAUGCGCCCUCACGAUUGGGGAAACUGGUAUUGAGAGUAACAGGAUUUCCGCGGAUAGUUCAGCAACAAUUGCAAAAUGGCCUCACAAACCAAAUGCAGCAAAAUAAAGAGAAGGAGGAGGAUAAUGAUGAUAAUGCACCAUUCGAGGAAACCAGACAUCUUUAUUUGGGAUUCCAUCAUCCAUGGGAUCGUGAUCUCUGGCGAUCUUGGUUGAAGAAGGCUUCUCAACUUUCGCCAUGUCCAAAAAAGUUGGAUAUGAGUAGAGGUGGAUUAUGCAGAAUUCCGAACAGCGUCGUGGCUUUUCCUGCUAUUGAGGAGCUUAUGCUGGGUCAAAAUCAAUUGUCCAAUAUUAAUAGCAACUUAAAUUUACUCCAAAGGUUUCCAAAACUUCAUACAAUUUGCCUGGAAAGGAAUAAUCUGCAGAAAAUACCGUGGGAAUUGCUACAGUUACAAAAUUUAAACAUUCUCAAUCUAUCGGACAACAAAAUCGAAAAUGUGCCACCAGAAAUUCGCGAACUUGUUAAUUUGAAAGAGUUAAAUCUUGAUCGCAAUGAGAUCAAAGAACUGCCAGAAGAAGUGGGAGAACUGCGACACUUGAAAAUAAUUUCACUGGCUGGAAAUUCAAUCAGCAACCUUCCGAGAUUUUUGAAAAUGCGAGCUCUCGCAAUCACGGAUGUCCUCUCAAAAGGAGACCAUGGAAAAAUCCACAAGGAUGAGAAAAACAAUCAUAAUAAUCUUCAAAAAGUGAACUUACGUAAUAAUCAUCUCAAAGGAAGUAUCAUACUCGGCAAUUAUGGUAAUUUAACACACUUGGACGUAAGUGAAAACAGCAUCGAAAAGCUCGAUAUCAGUGCUUUACAAGAAUUACGAAGCGUUCGAUGUGCUAGAAAUUCUCUAACCGAAUUAACAGUUUGCGGUCGAAAUUUGGUCUCACUUAUAGCCGGAAAUAAUCAACUCAAAAAAUUGACAAUCGAACCAACGCCAACUAUUCUUGAACACUUGGAUGUUUCUUACAAUUCACUGGAUUCUCUGCCUGAAUGGACACCAGAACUGCCAGUGUUACGUGCACUGUUUGCAUCCCAUAACGCCUUGACAGCUUUGCCAGACAGAUUAUUGUCUCAACCUUCAAGACUCGAAGUACUACAUUUACCUCACAAUAGAUUACAGGCACUUCCUCCACCGAGAAGGCCUUUGAAUAUUGUUCACUUAACUCUACAGGGAAAUGCUCUAACAGCGUUACCGACAAGUUUCUUUGUAAAUACCGAAAAAAUGAAGGUUUUAAACCUCUCCAAUAACCGUUUGUCAGAAUUAUCAUUUUCUGAUCAGGGAAACAAAAAUCGUCACAUUUCUCAUGCACUGGAAAAGUUGUACUUAACCGGAAAUUGUUUAACCGAUACAGUUCUGGAUGCACUUUCGAAAUUUCCAUCACUGAGAGUUCUGCACAUGGCCUAUAAUGUGCUCGAUACUCUUCCUGAAAGUUGCAUUGCAUCUUGGACUGAACUAGAGGAAUUAGUUCUAUCAGGAAAUAGACUACAGUAUUUGCCAGACAAUGUUUCACACUUGAAGCAUUUGCGGGUUCUUCGAGUACACUCUAAUCGACUACUCAUCUGUCCCACAUUUAACAAGACUACAUCCUUGAAGGUAUUGGAUUUAGCUCACAAUCAAUUGGAUAGAGUAAAUUUAUCGACGCUAGUACCGCCUCAAUUACAAUUCCUGGAUAUAUCCUGUAACACUCGUCUUCACGUGGAUCCACGUCAAUUCCAAGUUUACAGAUCUCAAAGACCAGUUUCCCUUGUCGAUGUAUCCGGUCAGAAUAGACCAAGUUUGCCAUCUCAUCCUCAACAACAAGAAACUUCAACAGGGGAUAAAGGUUUCGAACAACCAUGGAGACUCGGAUUCUCCGAAACGGCCGGAACAAGAGAAAAACUUUUCGUUUCGCAAGUGCGAAUGCCAACCUUUUGCAACGUGGAAGGCCUUUUUGGAAUAUUCGACGGAGGUUCGAAUCAGGAGGCGCCGAGUGCUCUUCAAGAAAUGAUUCCACGACUCCUUUUGGAGGAGAGAACUAUCAGGGAGACUUCCAACGAAUACCUAAAAUACACUCUACUAUCAGCUCAUCGGGAACUGAAAGAAAAGGGCCAAAAGUACGGAAUCGACGCCACUUUAUGUCACAUAACAAGAGUGCCAAACACUCAAGGCUUUCCAAGAACGACAAGAAAAUAUUCCCUAAAAGUCGCAUCAUCCGGCGAUGCAAAAGCCGUUCUUUGUCGAGCAGCAGGGCCUCUUACUCUGGCGAAUUCGAAAAAAAUCGCAGUCAAGAAUCAACUGGGUAAUGCGGCGAUGUUUCCUCUAAUAGUUCCCGAUCCGACGGUGGAAGAAGUGAUGCUCGAGGACGAUGACGAAUUUGUCAUCAUCGCCAACAGGCGAGUGUGGGAAGUCCUUAGUGUUCAGGAAGCUGUCAGGGAGGCUCGAGCUGAGGCCAGUCCUGUUCUAGCAGCGAAACGACUGCAGGACUUGGCUCAAGCUUACGGAGCUGAGGAUAAUUUGAGUAUUGUAGUCGUGAGACUAACCGGACCCGGACAAGGCGACUUGGACCAAUUGAUGCGAGAACUAAGACAGGCGGUCAACAAAAAUAGAAAUCAGAACGAGAACGUCUGCUCUUGUCCGUGUUGCAUUCCACCGACACCACAUAAACCUCCAGCACCCUGUUGCUGUCAUGUCAAUAACGAAGGGUACUAUCUCAACGGAGUCUUGAAAAAUAUUGUUAAUAGAUCUACAAAAUCGCACAACGGCUCGGGGCGCUUCUUCAAAAAUUCAAAAACCACAGAACGCGCAGAGAACGAGAGUCCACCGUUUGGCGACGAUCGCAGUUCCCCCAGUGGACAAUCCGAUCAGACCAGUGACAGCACCUUCAAAUCGCGCAGACCUUCCGGUCGCACCUGGACCGGAAAUGCAGCAUCGAGAGCUGCAAACAAGGUGCGACAGAAUACCGCAGUACUACAGGAAACCCUCCCCAAUCGAAAAUCACCAAUUAAUCCGCCAACGCCAGACGACAUCGUGCCCGACAGAUCGGGAGCCCUCACCGACGAGCAAUUUCGCUGCUGGGAAUACAUGCUCGAGCAAAACACUCAACUUCUAUUCGACAAAGAAUUGGACACCCUCACGAGGUCGCCACUGAGAAGAGGUCAGUCUAGAUCAACGCCACAACUUGCUGGUAACUUGCCCUUUUUGUCCAAACGAUUCGGCAGUGCCAGAUCCUUCAAUCCUGUUUUACCUCGAUCAUCAAUGGUCAGGUUUGGCAGUGGAAGGAGAUUAUUAAAUGGCGGUCCGAAUGCCGCCUAUUUUGGUAGUCUGCAAAGACUUAUGCCGUAUAACUUGGAGUAUGAUUUUGCAGUGAUUCAAGAAAGAAGCGGUUUGGACUCCCUCGAACAGGAUGCGUCCAGGAUGCAACAAUAUUGGGGGGUUGCCACUACUGAACUCUAAUCCCGGCCCACCGUUCCUUGGGAGUCAUUGUAAUUAUAUGUACGCAUAGUCACAUACUGUUUUUUUACUUUUAUAUAGCUUUUUUAUUUUCUUUUUUUCUGUAUAUUCUCAUCACAGAAGAAAUUAUUAUAUUUUCUAACAUUGAAACUUUUCAAUAUUACUGAAAAAACUAA